AUGCUAAAAAUACAACGCAGCCUGUCAAAAAUCACUCGAACAAAAUCCAUCAAAGAACCAAAAGAUGAAAAAUCAACUAGUCAUCAACCUAGCCUCAGAGGUUUGUUCACAAGAAGAAAAAACAGUGUGUUGGUAUCAGAUGCCAACAAAGAAACAAACCCUCAAAAGCCAGAAAAUGCCACUAAAACACAAUCUAACAAAGGCCUUUCUGCACCCUCAAAAUUACCUCCUUCUCGAUUAGAUCACAAUAAAGUCAGAGGAAAAUAUGAACGUGUAUGUUUACCGAGUGACUCAGAAGAAGAUAGCGAGGAAGAAGUAGAGGAAAACUCGGAAGACGACGGCGAUUCAUUUGUGAUAACUAGAGACUUGGACAAACAUCGAAACAGUCCUUUGCUACCACAACAAGACCAGAAACCAGAAAAAGAUCUAGAAUGUCAAAGCCGGAGUCUAGAACAGGAUAUGAACCAAGAGACAACAGAUAAACCAUACGUGCAAGAAGCUCCUAAAUCUUUGAGCCAAACCAGUAGUUCAAAAAGUAUAGAGUCUAUGGUUAACUUGUCCAGUGGCUCCAGUUCAAGCAACACAACACCUCGUAUGGAAGAAGAAGGAAUUAAAGACGAAACGAAUUGGUUACAUAAUCAAUCACCAGUGGCUGACAGUCCACCAUAUUAUCCAUUUUACUAUCAAAUGCCACCAACUCCUACCUCUCCUUAUAAUAUGAUGAUGGUGGACCCUAUUUAUUAUCAACAGCAACUCUUUUAUCAGCAGCAACAGCAACAGUUCUUAUACCAACAACAGCAACAUAGACAACCCUAUAAAAAACCACAAAACAGUAUGAAAUUGACAAGUACCGAUUUAAGAAGAAAAGCAGAAAUGAUACGAUAUGGUAGCAUUACCCCACGUACAGCCAUAAUAGUAGUCUAA